AUGAAUGUGAGUACAUUACACUAUCGAGCAGAGCGAGAUAGUGUUUUGCUCGCUAGUGGAUGCUAUCGAGCAGAACGAGAUGAUAUUUUGCUCGCUAGUGGAUGCUAUCGAGCAGAACGAGAUGAUAUUUUGCUCGCUAGUGGAUGCUAUCGAGCAGAACGAGAUAGUGUUUUGCUCAGUAGUAUUUUGCUCAGUAGUAUUUUGCUCGCUAGUGGAUGA